AUGAUUCACACUGGGGAACGUCCUCAUGAGUGCAAAAUAUGCAAUAAAAGAUUUUUAUGGUUAAGUAAUUUAAGAAAACAUUUAUCAGUGCAUACUGAAGAAUGCCCGUAUAUCUGUGAAAUAUGCAAUAGAAAAUUCAAAACAAAAGAAAACUUAAAUAAACAUACAGUGAUCCACACUGGAGAACAGCCUUAUGAGUGCAAAAUAUGCAAUAAAAGAUUUUUACGGUCAAGUAGUUUAAGGCAACAUUCAUCAAUUCAUACUGGUGAACGUCCUCAUAUUUGCGAAAUAUGUAAUGAAAAAUUCAGAUUGAAACAAAUCUUAAAUAAACAUAAAGUGAUCCACACUGGAGAACGUUCUUAUGAGUGCGAAAUAUGCAAUAAAACAUUCACAACGAAAGAAAGUUUAAUCCGACAUGAAACGAUCCAUACUGGAGAACGGCCUCAUGAAUGCAAAAUAUGCAAUAAGAGAUUUGCACUGAUAAGUCAUUUAAGAAGGCAUUCAUCAGUGCAUACUGAAGAACGACCCUAUGAAUGUGAGACAUGCAAUAAGACAUUCAAAACAAAAAAAACAUUAACUCAACAUAAAAUAGUACAUACUGAAGAAAGACCUUAUGAAUGUGAGACAUGCAAUAAAACAUUCAAAAUAAAACCUGUAUUAAUGCGACAUGAAAGAAAACAUACUAGAGAACAAAAUGCAAUUAAAAAGUCAACUAAUUAGUUGAAUAAGUCUAGAAACUG